GGCAGUCGGAUGACGUGGCUGAAGGUUGCGGACGAUGCGCCGAUAGAGUUGCUUUACUCACCGGUUGAUCCAUCGCUUUCCCCCUGCGACUGGAGGACGGGAGCCACGUGACUCAAUUCAGCCAAUCCGAUGCGCGCGCGAUGUGCGCGCUCGUGAAGCGCUUACGCCAUAUGCGUACGAAGAGCAUCUCUAAAAUUGCCUCUGUCAUACAACCAGGAAGAAGGUGGGAUAGCCCUACGAAGCUAACAUCCCCAAUCUUUCUGCACACUUUCUCCGAAAAACAAUGGGAUCUUCCAGGUGGAAGGUAGCAGCGGCUGCGUUUCUCGCCAUAGUGGGCUCUUUAUUACCCGUGGACGCAGAUGAACACGAGCACACGUACACAGAUAAAGAGGAGGUAGUUUUAUGGAUGAACACAGUGGGGCCUUACCACAACCGACAGGAGACCUACAAGUACUUCUCUUUGCCCUUCUGCGCGGGCUCCAAGAAGACCAUCAGUCAUUACCAUGAAACACUGGGAGAAGCUCUGCAGGGAGUGGAGCUUGAAUUCAGCGGCCUCGACAUCAAGUUCAAAGAUGAAGUCAUGCAGACAACAUACUGUGAAAUUGACCUGGACAAAGCAAAGCGGGAUGCUUUUGUCUAUGCCAUAAAGAAUCACUACUGGUACCAAAUGUACAUCGACGACCUGCCCAUCUGGGGUAUUGUUGGUGAGGCGGAUGAAAACGGAGAAGAUCAUUACCUGUGGACGUACAAGAAACUGGAGAUCGGCUACAAUGGCAACAGAAUCGUCGACGUUAAUCUGACCAGUGAAGGCAAAGUCCGACUUGUGCCAAACACAAGAAUUGCAAUGUCUUACUCUGUGAAGUGGAAGAAGUCAGAUGUCAAGUUUGAAGACCGAUUUGACAAGUACCUCGAUCCAUCCUUCUUUCAGCACCGGAUUCACUGGUUCUCCAUCUUCAACUCCUUCAUGAUGGUCAUUUUCUUGGUGGGCCUGGUGUCCAUGAUUCUGAUGAGAACGCUAAGAAAGGAUUAUGCCAGAUAUAGCAAAGAGGAGGAAAUGGAUGACAUGGACAGAGACCUGGGAGAUGAAUAUGGGUGGAAGCAGGUGCACGGAGACGUGUUUCGGCCGUCAAGCCAUCCGCUGAUCUUCUCGUCGCUCAUCGGCUCCGGCUGCCAGAUCUUCUCCGUCUCCUUCAUCGUCAUCGUCGUUGCGAUGGUCGAGGAUCUGUAUACAGAGAGAGGAUCCAUGCUGAGCACAGCCAUUUUUGUGUAUGCUGCCACCUCCCCCGUCAAUGGCUACUUUGGGGGAAGCUUGUAUGCAAAACAAGGAGGCAGAAGAUGGAUUAAGCAGAUGUUCAUCGGGGCCUUCUUGAUCCCAGCCAUGGUGUGCGGCACUGCCUUUUUCAUCAACUUCAUCGCUAUCUACUACCACGCCUCCAGAGCCAUCCCAUUUGGCACCAUGGUUGCCGUCUGCUGUAUCUGCUUCUUUGUCAUUCUGCCGCUAAACCUCGUGGGAACAAUUCUUGGGAGGAAUCUGUCUGGCCAGCCGAACUUCCCCUGCCGAGUGAACGCUGUGCCGCGACCCAUCCCUGAGAAGAAAUGGUUCAUGGAACCAGCCGUCAUCGUCUGCCUCGGAGGAAUCCUUCCGUUCGGCUCCAUUUUCAUUGAAAUGUACUUCAUCUUCACGUCCUUUUGGGCCUACAAAAUCUACUAUGUGUACGGCUUCAUGAUGCUGGUCCUGGUCAUCCUGUGCAUUGUGACCGUGUGCGUCACCAUCGUGUGCACGUACUUCCUGCUCAACGCCGAGGACUACAGAUGGCAAUGGACAAGCUUCCUGUCUGCAGCGUCCACUGCUGUUUAUGUUUACAUGUACUCCUUUUACUACUACUUCUUCAAAACUAAGAUGUACGGUCUAUUCCAAACGUCCUUCUACUUUGGCUACAUGGCUGUGUUCAGCACUGCCCUCGGAAUCAUGUGUGGUGCCGUUGGAUACGUGGGAACAAGUGCCUUUGUGAGGAAGAUCUACACGAAUGUGAAAAUUGACUAAAAGGCAAAGUAGCAACACGGGGAUCUCAAAGGAUUUGCCUACGUGUAUCCUGAUGGACGGGCAGGCACAAGUCAUUCUUUAUUACUUUUCUUUCUUGCAAAGAGAUUGUGAGAAUCUCACUUUGUACAACGUAGUUUUUCCAUUUUUUUUUUUUUUUUUUCCUGAAAUGAAUUUCCAACGCAGCGUCUGAGAACAAGAGCAAAGCUGCGGAAGAGAUAUCAAACACAAGGUUCCGUUUUUAUCAGUUGCUUUUCAAACAAACAUUAGGGCAAUGUUUAAGGCUGCCAUGGCUUCUCUUCUCCGACCCGGUCCCGCCUGAGACCAGAGAACACACGUGUAUUGAUGGAAUAGUGUAGCUCUCUUCAGUGAAGAGGCCGAAGUGUAUUGAAAGCCUUUGUUCUACUGGGUCAAACAUAUUGGAGAGUUGGGUUUUAUGCCCGUGUUCUGACUUGAUUUCUAUUUUGUAUUCUUGAACUCACUCGAAAAAUAUCGUUAAUCCACAGCACAGUUGUUUUGUUUCUGAUUUACUUCCACUGCAAAGAGAUGAUAUAUUAAAAAAAAAAAGAAAAAAAAAAGCUGUCGCUCAAAAAAAUCAUUCCCCCGUUUUGAUGAUUCUUAAUUCCCUAUUACAGUAGCAAUCCAUCCAGAUGUUGAGGGAGAUUUUAGUCCUGCUGUAGUAUACUGUACAGACGAGAACAGAGGGAUCGAUCAACGGUCGAGGUACAGUAAGAACCGAUUUUUAAAUGGAUGUUGGAUGUGAUCCAAUUUCCCCGUUUGGUCGGGGUUUUCUUAAUGUUUGGGUUUGAAUGAAGUCUACUUGUAAAGAUAAUAUAUGGAUGGGUGGGAGUGUAUAUAACCUUAAUGUACCUUUUAGACGUAGAUCCCAAAUGUAUUUUCGUUGUACAGAUUUACUACAGGGUGUUUUUUUUUUUGUUUUUUUAUGAAUCAUUUUAGUUCUAGAGGAAAAAAAAGGUUUAUUUUUGUUUCUCCUUUUCUUUAUUUGGUGCUUGGGGUGGGGCUGGUGGCGCUGUUACAUCUUGCCUGAAAUUGCAUGAAGUUUUCACCAAACCAUCUGCUCAUCAAAUUCCACUUCAGUCAGCGCUGUCAGUUUUUUUUUGUUUCGUCUCGAAAUGUAAACGUACAUUUUGAUGACUCGCGGGCCUGCUCAUGGACACGCUUCUUUUGAUUUUCAUGUAUUAUUUAAAGCUUUAAAAGGCUCUACAUCUUCUGGUAAGCCAUUCUCCUCGUGUUCUUUCAGUUUCCUAACUUGAAACAUCAUUUGUGAAUGUCGGAAGGAAUGAGGCGAUUUCCGCAAACAUACUGUAUAAAAGUGAAGUUUAUGUACACUUAAAAACUAGAUGUUUUCAUAACCACACAGUGCUGCAAAGUGUUUCAAAUGCUUUCCUCCAUUUUGUGUAAAUACAGUAUGUACCCUACUUGUAUGAGAAGUGGCAAUGCCUUUUUUCUUUUCUUUUUCUUCUAAUUUCUAGUUUUCCCCCACUGAAGUUGAUUUUGGCACCUCAUGUUGUGUACCAAUGUCUGAUUAGACAUUUUGAAAACCUGCAUAUUAACUUGCUGUAAAAAGAGAAAAUAAACAUGUUUAUGUACAGGGGUUA